AUGUGCGAACUUCACCCGCAGAAGUGCGCGGCCUGCAAGAAGGUCUGGACGGCGCACAAGAAGCUGGCCAGCUGCGAGAGCCAGGACCCGGACGCGCGCUGCCCCGAGAGCCUCUGCAUGUACGUGGGCAACCCGCGCAAGCCCGUCAAGAGCGAGUGCGACGCGUGCCGGGACGCACGGGAGGCGUUGGAGGACGAGGAGGAGGAGGAGGCUGAGGAGAGGGGUUGGUGGAGGUUGGGGAGGGUGGUCGGGGAGGAAAGGGGGCUAAGGGGGUGA